AUGGGCAACGAGAACUCCACUCCGGUCGAUGAGGCCACACCUCCCACCACGCUCUAUGGGCGCAAUAUCGAAGCGGUAGCUCAAUAUAUCAAGGAAAAAGAUGUCAAAAAGAUUGUCGUCAUGACCGGAGCCGGCAUCAGCACCUCUGCCGGUAUACCAGAUUUCCGAUCGCCUGAUACUGGUCUGUACGCCAACCUCGCCCGACUCAACCUACCGUAUGCCGAAGCCGUCUUUGACAUCUCGUACUUCCGAAAGAACCCAUUGCCCUUCUACACUCUCGCCCACGAGCUCUAUCCAGGCAAAUACCGUCCGACAGUGAGCCAUUCAUUCAUCAGCCUUCUUAAUAAGAAGGGCCGAUUGCUGAAGCUCUUCACCCAAAAUAUCGACUGUCUUGAGCAAGAAGCUGGGGUGCCAGGGGACAAGAUUGUGUAUGCGCAUGGAUCUUUUGCUACUCAACGAUGCAUCGAUUGCCAGACGGAAUACCCCGACGACCGAAUGAAAGAUACGGUUCAGAAGAUGGAGGUCCCGCGCUGUAUCAGGAAGACCUGCAAUGGACUUGUGAAGCCAGAUAUCGUGUUCUUUGGAGAGGCCCUUCCAGAGGCCUUCCACCGCAAUCGAAGCCUACCGGCAAAAGCAGAUCUCGCAAUCAUCAUGGGCACCAGUUUGACUGUACAGCCUUUUGCCAGUCUGCCAUCGUUCGUAAGGGAGGAGACGCCGCGUGUGCUUAUCAAUUUCGAGAGAGUAGGUGGCCUCGGUUCCAGACCUGAUGACGUCCUUUUGUUGCAGGACUGCGAUGAGGGCGUUCGUAAGUUUGCCGAUGCAUUGGGUUGGCGAGAAGAAUUGGAACAAGAGUGGGCCAGAACGAACGCUGGGAAAGUCGAAAAGAAGCGACCAGAGGCUCCUACGAACAGUCGACAAGAGGAACUGGACCAAGAGGUGGAGAAAUUGACAAAGGACAUUGAUACUUCACUGAAGCUUUCGGGUGAGACCAGCGACAGGAUCAGGGCAGAAAUUGAGAAAGGCACUUCACCUUCAUCUCGACCGACUUCAAUCCCUUCCUCGACCGAACCUUCUGAUGUUCUCACCACUCCACAAACCACCACGUCGGCAAGCUCAUUUACACUUAAUCAUGUGUAUCCUCAUCUGAAAGAGGACAAACCUGAGAAACCGUCCCUUUAG